AUGACUAAGUUUAUUUGGGUUGCUCUUGCUCUGUCACUUGCUUUGGUUGUUGGGGUUGCUCAGAGUUUCGACUUCCACGAGAAGGACUUGGCCUCUGAGGACAGCCUGUGGGAUUUAUAUGAGAGGUGGAGGAGCCAUCACACGGUUUCCAGGAGCAUUGAUGAGAAGCACAAGCGGUUCAAUGUAUUCAAGGAGAAUGUCAAGCAUGUCCACAACACUAACAAAGGAGAUAAGCCUUACAAGCUGAAGCUGAACAAGUUUGCUGACAUGACCAACCAUGAGUUCAGGAGCGUUUACGCCGGUUCAAAAGUUAAGCAUCAUAGGAUGCUCCAGGGGGAGCAGCGCGGUGAUGGGGGCUUUAGGUAUGAAAAUGUUGACAGUGUCCCACCCUCUGUUGAUUGGAGAAAGAAAGGUGCCGUCACUCCUGUUAAGGAUCAAGGCCAGUGUGGUAGUUGCUGGGCAUUUUCAACAGUUGUAGCUGUUGAGGGCAUUAAUCAAAUUAAGACCCAUAAGCUGGUUUCAUUGUCUGAGCAAGAGUUGGUUGACUGUGACACUGAACAAAAUCAAGGAUGCAAUGGAGGGCUAAUGGAAUUGGCAUUUGAGUUCAUCAGACGAAAAGGUGGCCUAACAACAGAGACUAAUUACCCUUACCGAGCAGAAGAUUCAACAUGUAAUGUUGCAAAGGAAAAUGCUCCAGUAGUGUCAAUUGAUGGUCAUGAGAGUGUGCCUACAAAUAACGAGGAUGCAUUGCUCAAAGCAGCUGCAAACCAACCUAUUUCUGUUGCCAUAGAUGCGGGAGGUUCUGAUUUUCAAUUCUACUCUGAGGGGGUAUUUACUGGACAAUGUGGCACAGAGCUUGAUCAUGGAGUUGCGGUUGUUGGCUAUGGCGCAACACUAGAUGGAACCAAGUAUUGGAUAGUGAAGAACUCCUGGGGCCCUGAGUGGGGAGAGAAGGGUUACAUACGGAUGGAGCGUGGCGUCUCUGCGAAAGAGGGGCUCUGUGGAAUAGCAGUGGAGGCUUCAUAUCCCGUCAAGAACUCUUCCACCAACCCUAAAGGAUCACCUACCUCCUAUCCUAAGGAUGAACUCUAA